UCCCGGUUGAACGUAGCAGAGCGUGCAGCAAGGGAACUUUAGGCUUUUUUGAAAUCCAACCUCUCCUCCAUACAGAGCUGAUUCUCAAAGAUUUCCAGACGGCCACAUAGCUCCACACAGCUUAACUCCAAACCCUCACUGGCUUUGGAAGGCAGAAACUCAAAUCACCAGCACCAAAUGGCCGCGGCGCAGUCAGACACCAUCAUGCUCUGCUCCUCGCGAGCUCUUGUCUCUGGCCGUCUGUGCCCCGCUACCAUCACCGUCUCCCGCGCCACCGGUAAGAUCACUGCCAUUCACUCUUCUAUCUUAUCACCAGCUCUCUUUCCUCCCAAUACCCCUUACAUUGACUUCUCACCUUACAUCCUCCUUCCUGGUCUUGUGGAUGCGCAUGUACAUCUUAAUGAGCCAGGGCGCACGGAAUGGGAAGGAUUCUACACGGGCACGCAGGCUGCUGCGUUUGGCGGGGUUACCACCGUGGUUGACAUGCCGCUGAAUAGUAUUCCACCCACAACUAGUGUGGGAGGGCUGGAAGAGAAGAUUGUAGCGGCAGAGGAGCAGGUGUGGGUUGAUGUAGGGUUCUACGGGGGAGUGGUCCCAGGAAAUGUUGGCAAAGGGGAGUUGAAAAGACUGGUUAGGAGGGGUGUGAGAGGGCUUAAGGGGUUUUUGAUCGAUAGUGGAGUUGAGGAAUUUCCUGCAAUUAAGCCUAGUGAUAUCAAAGAGGCCCUGAUGGAAUUGGCAGACGAGAAGACAACGCUCAUGUUCCAUGCAGAAAUGAUUCCCCCAGGGACGUUUGAGGAAGAGAUCGAUAUGCAGAUUUUGGUCCAAAAAUCAUCGAAUGCAUACUCAACGUUCCUCUCCUCUCGACCCCCAGUGUUCGAAACAUGUGCCAUCGAGCAAAUUCUCUCUCUUUCGCAGCUUGCGCCAGAUUUGCCUCUCCACAUCGUUCAUCUCUCUGCCGCGCAAGCAAUUCCUCUUCUGCGCGAAGCUAGAAAAAGGGGGGUCAAAAUUACUGCGGAAACGUGCUUCCAUUACCUCACCAUGGCGGCGGAAAAUAUCCCAGACGGAGACACGAGACAUAAAUGCUGUCCACCGAUCCGCGAGCAAGCGAACCAAGACGAGCUAUGGCAGGAAUUAUUCCGACACGAGUCUGACGACGGUGUCAUCAAAACAGUCGUAUCUGAUCAUUCGCCCUGCACGCCUGACUUGAAACUUCUCCCUGGGCAUAUACCCAGCAGUGCCCCACCAACAAAAAAGGAGCAAAACGCUAAUGAAAAUGAAAGUGAAAGCCUAGGCGACUUCCUCGCCGCAUGGGGAGGAAUCUCAUCCGUCGGUCUUGGGCUUUCAAUUCUCUGGACAGGGUUAAAUCGUCGAUAUCCCGACGUGUCAACAGCACAUCCCUCGGGAAGAUUGUUACUUGAACAUGUAGUCCAAUGGUGCUGUAUUAACCCUGCUACACAGGUAGGAUUGAAAGGCCGAAAGGGUGACUUGGCCGUGGGAUACGAUGCAGAUAUCUGUGUGUUUGACGAUGAAGCGGAAUGGACUGUGGAACCUGACACGAUGCUGUUUCGGAACAAGUGCUCACCGUACCAGGGGAAGAGGCUGAGGGGGGUGGUGAGAGAGACGUGGCUCAGAGGCCAACGGGUGUUUAGUCGCGAUGAAGGGUUUGGCGAUGGGAAACCGCAGGGAAAGCUUUUGCUAUAGCCUCGCGGGAUGACGCUUGAUUCAAGCAGAAACCUAGCGUCACAGCUUUGAGCUCUCAGGAAGAUUUUCGUCGGAUGACAAACGUAAAGUGGCGCGCGUGGCCAAGCGGUAAGGCGUCGCACUCGUACUCUCAUGACAUGCGGAAAUCGCCGGUUCGAAUCCGGUCGUGCGCACUUCUUUUUUUUUUAAAAGAAAAAAAACACUCGAGCAAGCCAGCAACGAAGAAUUAUUUUUCUACUGUUGAAUCAACAUUAAGCUUUCUGGCUCUUAAAUAUUCUCUCCGUGCGAUAAACCCAAUGCACCCUUGGUCAUUUGUUCAACUUGAAAUAUACAUACACUAUCGAUGCAAGCAUCAAAUGAGCAAUGCCCUUUUCAA